AUGCCCUGGCAACCUCUGCCUCAGAUUGCUUUCGCAGUCGCCAUUCAUCCAUUUGCCGCCGAAGGACCUGCAGACCUUCCUCUCGAACUAGGGGACGAAUUAUAUGUUAUUGAGCAAGGUGGCUGUAAUUGGGACUGGUUUCGCGGGUAUCUGCUGGCGCCGCCAAGUCUACUGGUUGGGCUAACCAGCAAUAAGGGCGAAACACUUGAGGCAAGAGUAUUUUCGGGUAUCUUUCCAAGAAGUUGCGUCGAGGUACGGGAGAUCCUAGGAGAUGAUGCAAGUGAAGUAGAACCAAGCCAAUCUUUGCCCAUUGCAGAAGACAACACAACUAACCCUCAAUGUACACAAGAACUAAAACGCCUCGAUUUAUCCAAAAGAAAAUCUUGUGUAAAGUCUAAAGACAACACCAAGAAGAGUCGGAAAGCCAACUAUAUCAAUAGCAAGCAUUUUUCUAAGAAUAUAACUCGUGAUCCAAGUGUACCUAAACCUCCAGCUCCCGUACCUAUGCUUAAGAUUGGAGAUGAAACACCCACAUCCUUAGAAGAGCCUCUUGUUGAUGAGAUUGCAAGCUGCUUACGAGAGUGGCAAUCUACAAAUUUGCAUCAGCUUCUAUUGGCAGGAGAAUAUGAGCUCCUGGACAAAAUGUCAGCCCUCGUAACAAGCCUAGAUACAGCACGAAAGCAAUUGCUCUACGAUUUCUUGACUAAACAUGAACUAGCUGUUCUGCGGGAAAAAGUUGUGUGGGAACUUGUGCGCGGCAAUAAACUUUUUGGAGCAGAAGUGAUAGUUCGUAAUCCUACUGAGCGCGGCAGGAUUAUGACAGGAGACGAUUCCGCUGUUAAUGUCGCACGCUUGCAGGGCCUGAUGAGCUUGCUUGAUGAACAACCACAAACAUCCAUCCAUGAUAGUCAAAAUUUACAUCAUUUACUUGUCGAUAUUAAGACCGUAGUAGGAACCAGGACCGAAAACACGACACUGGUAAUAUACCUAGCGUUCAAAGCUCCAGGUCAAGCUGCUGUGUCACUCAGUGAGAGCUAUAUUGUGAAAGUACCCCCAAGUGGAGCACUAACUAGCCUAGCAAGGGCAGGUACCAUGCGGACUUUGUUCGCUGACUUGAACUCCUCUGAUAUUGGGAACGCAACUACACCUAGAAAUGAAUUAUAUCUUGUUGUCAGGGUUCAGACUACCAAACAGAUCAAUGAGGGAGGACCAGAUUCAAGGUCUACCUCACAAGAUGGACAGCCCGGUAGAUUGACUCCUCAAACAGCUAACUCAUUUACCCGAGCAGGACGAAGAAGUAUGAUGUGGGGGAGUAGAGUUCAGAGAAGUGCCUUCUCCCGUCACUGCCCUAAUUCAUCAAAAAUAACUACAAUUGCCGAAUCACAUGAGUCAAAGUCGCGAAACCAAGAAACUCCUCCCCCUGCCACUGCAAAUGCGAAUGAAAACAAUAGUAUAAUACGAAAUUUUAAUAGGACAGUUGGUAUUGGUGCCCUCAGGCUUAACGAUAUUAUGAAGGAGCAAGAAGAAUGUGAGCGCGUGAUGAAUAUUUGGGCGCUAGCUCCACGAUCCUAUGAAAGUAGGAUUGACAGCCUGGAGGAAGUUAUCAGAGAGUCCGGUGUUAUAGAAACUUCUAGAAGAGCAGAGCGUCUACAAUUACAUCUAAAGGUAUUCAACGCGGCAGACUCUGAGAUUUUAAUUAAAGCUACUCCAACUUUACUCUCUGGUAUAACUGUUACAAAUAAAAUGGGAUUUUCAGGUGCGCCAAAAAAGGCUAGGUCUGAUAUCUACUUCACAAUUGAUGAAGCCUUUCUCCCUCGACACGCGCUUCUGAUGCGCAACAAUGGUAGCGCCACUCCUCUCCCACAAGGUAUAAAUGGAUCAAGCCUACAAAUAACGCUCAGGGUACGUGAUUCGAGCGGCUCAGAUUUGGUUGACUGUAUUUAUCCUUCUUCUAAUUCAGAGCCUCUACGCCAAUGGGAAUCCACCGUGGUCGAGAGAGGAGAAUCAUGGAAUCAAUGUGUUCGUUUAGCCAUACCUGCUUCUAAAGUUUCAACCUGUCACCUCUACAUGACACUUUCUGACAUUCCAAAUGGGCCACUUGCAACCUGUCAUUUGCCUUUGUGGGAUCAACAGGCUUUUAUACGUGAUGGCCACCACAGCCUUUUUCUGUAUCGUUAUGACGAAAUCAUGUCUACUUCAAAAGGAUUUGAAGGAAAGAAUGGAUAUCUCUACCAACCUUGGAAUUGCAUCAAAGAUGAUGCUAGUAAAGAUGACAUAGUGACUGGUCAGAUUGCUACUAUGAGAAUCCGAACUUGUCUCUGUAGUACUCUGUUCUUGCAAGAUCAAGUCCUACUUGGCUUGUUGAAAUGGAAAGAUCUAAGUGCUACAAAAAUACAGCAGCUACUGAAACAACUUGUUUUUGUGCCGGAAAUUGAAAUUGUGAAACUGCUUAACGAUGUAUUCAACGUCAUCUUUGGGAUUCUUGUCCAGCAAGCUGGGAAUGACGAAUUUGAGGAUUUAAUUUUCAGCGCUUUAGUAAUGGUGUUAGGAAUAAGUCAAGAUCGACGGUUUAAUCUUGGUCCAUUAAUUGAAAAAUAUACAGAAAAUCAGUUCCAUUAUCCCUUCGUAAACCCCUGCUUGGUUCGGUCUUUUACGAGGCUGCUCUCUAAACCCUCGGAUCCUGAAAACUCCAAAACUUUGAGAGCCACUUUUAAGGUCGUUAAAUAUAUCUUUAUAUUUAUUGCUUAUUCUCGAAACCAGCAAAAAGAAAAAGAAGCGGAAAUUGGGAUUAAAACUAAUUGUCCUUCAUUUACACACACUUUUACAAAUAUAUUCAAAGCACUUAAUGUAAUGAUGCAGAAUAAUGCGCCUAGUCUAGUAGGGAGCAAAACACUUGCCGUUCAGCACUUUCACACAUGGGUACCCGAGCUAGCCAGACUUUUAAGCGAAGAUCAGAUCAUUCAUAUUACAAUUGAAUUUAUGAAUUCAUGCUCAGCAGUAACUGGAAAAUUGAUUCUAUAUAAGCUAGUUUUGAUAAUAAAUUUUUCUAAACUAGAUCUCUUCUCUGGAUCGGAGCAUAGGAAAAUUCUUUGCUCAAACACUGUCCAGUGGAUCGCACCACAUUGGGAAACAAUAGAUGGACCUAACGAACAGUGGAGAGAGCAAGUUCGACUUUGUUGCUCAGUCGUAUCAUCACAAGCUCAGAGCCUUACCAGUGAGAAAGGCUUAUACAUACCAAAAAUUGUUAAGUCGUACAGUAGUCUACUUGUUGCGUCCAAAACAUUAGACACCGAUCACAUGAAAUUUUCGCUUCUCUUUCCCACGAGUUAUCCAUUUCCUAGCAAACACACAUCUGUAGCAACACACUUUGAUGAAGCACUAAUAGAACUUUCCGCCGUUUUAUCGGAAAUUAUUUUACUACCCGGUGGCAUUAAUUUUGAAGUUGAAGCGGACCAUGUCGAUAAGCUUUACCAAGAUAUCCUCAACGUUUAUCUCAGUAUUCUUAAUUGUGAGGCUUUUCCCUCAACUUGGCUCACUAUUCAUAUCUAUCACCAUAAGUCAACCAUCAAAAUACUAGAAUUUAUCUCAAACUUACUUUUGGAGAAGCACAUACCUGAUCCGGAAGAUGCGGAAAAUUACAAUACCGAAUUAUGGAGGGUAUUUUUUACCCUUUUAUUGAAGCUUAUUCGUAGCGAUGCACUUGCACUAGAAACUUUCCCUGAGCAAAAGCGAAGGGCAGUUUGGAAGAUUGCCGGUGACGUGAGAGAAACGGGUGCAAAGCUGAUGCAGAAGACUUGGGAGGCGAUUGGAUGGGAAACUAGCCCAGAUGAAAAACGACGAUUUAAACUCUUCAAAAUGGGUGGUUAUCAAGUUCAAUAUGUUCCUAGUCUUGUCGGUCCAAUAGUAGAGCUUUGCCUAAGCGUGCACGAACAUUUGAGAAAAGUUGCGGUUAACAUUCUUCAGACAAUGAUUGUGAGCGAGUGGAAUUUAUGUGAGGAUAUCUCUAUAAUUCAGACUGAAAUGAUCGACUGCCUAGACCGACUUUUUAAGUCAAAACCAUUAACUGAAAGUAUUCUUCAGAGACUUUUUAUCAGUGAGCUUGAGGCUUUAUUCGCGCCCGCUUCUAAGAUUCCGGACGAUCCACUCUAUGUCGCAGUUCAGGGACUAAUCACUAACAUCUCUGAAUUUUUGGACCUCUUAGUUGCUGUAUAUGGAUCAGAUAUCACAGGCGAAGCUACACACAUGAUCAACGCCCUUCGACUAAUGGAAUUCUUGCGUGACAUGAGGAAAGAUGAGAUUUUAAUACGGUAUAUUCACCAAUUAUCACAGCUCAAUCUAAAAUCUGGUAAUAUUACUGAAGCUGGGCUUUCCUUACGUCUCCAUGCCGACUUAUACGACUGGAAUCCAACUCUCAUUCUACCGGCACUAGAAGAUCCUGAAUUCCCUGCUCAAUCACAGUUUGAUCGCAAAGAGCGCAUUUAUUUUGACAUGAUCAAGCUCCUCGAAGAUGGUGGAGCUUGGACAAGUGCACUUUGUGCAUAUCAGGAACUUCAGAAACAAUAUCAGGAAAAUAUCUAUGACUUUUCUAAGCUAGCCCGAACCCAAAAGGCAAUUGGAUCUAUCUAUGAGACAAUUUCUAAAAGUGACAAGUUAAUACCAAAGUACUUUCGGGUGGUCUACAAGGGGUUAGGCUUUCCUCCGAGUCUUCGAGAUAAAGAAUUUAUAUUUGAAGCCCAACCAAACGAAAAAUUGGCUGUAUUCCAAGACCGAUUGCAAGCUGCUCACCCCAAAGCACAAAUUAUUACAGCUAAUGAUCUAGAAGAUGCUGAGGGGCAAUUCCUCCAGAUUUUUCCUCUCUCACCGCACAAAGAUUUAAAGCACCCUGUACUUCAACGUGUCAAGGUGUCCCAUCAAGUCCGAGAUUACUUAAUGUCGUCAUUUCCACAGAGUUUUUCAAUAACUUAUAAGCGCAACACUUCAGGUCCGGUGACAGAACACACCGCUGAAAAAAUAAUAUACAAGACUGUAGACCGUUUUCCAACUAUACUUCGCCGCAGUGAGAUUGAGACCGUUGUAAGGGUAUCACUAGAUGCGCAGGAGACUGGGCUCGAGCGUAUUCUUCGCAAAACUGCUGAAAUGACAGUAAUAGAGAAACGUGUACUCGCUGGCGAGACUGAGAUUGCAGCACUCCUAAUUGACGCUAUCCAAAUCUCUAUAAACGCCGAAUCUAACGCUUCGAUUUCGCGCUACCGUGAUUUGCUCCCCAAGGUUUAUUUCGAUGAAAAUGGCGAGGAAAAAAGACCCGAACUCACAACCCUUGAAACUGCAAUAAAAACGGCUCUUAUUGAUUAUGCUAUCAUGAUAAGACGUUGCUUGGUGAUGUUAUCCAAACCCGAGAACCACCGCCUGCUAGGUGACGUGGAGAGGGAUCUACUUAUCCAAGGUGGCUUUGAAUCCACGUUUUCCCCUGAACUAAAAUCCUAUGCCUUUCCAAAUCAACACCAUAUAUCCCCUACUAGUGUUAUUGAACCAAAUAUUUCUUGGUCACUUUCUUCCCCUAUAUCUCCACUUUCCGCUACCGCCUGGCGAAAAUCACAAUUAGCAAGCGGCUUGCAGGCUAACUAUAAGUCCAGCGGAAUGGAGUUACCAGACGUGGCACGUGUUGGAAAAAAACGACUGAGCUUCUUUACUAAGCGCCAAGAUCUUCAAGAGUCUAGCCCACAACUUGAGCUUAACCUUCAGGGCUUCUCUACAUUCAAUUCUGACGGAAACUUCGAUGAUAGUAGUAGUAGUACUAAUAUGCUUAAAAAGGAUUAUACUACUUCCACUACAUAUGGUCGAGCAGCGCCGAACUUAAGCGAAGAGUCUCAUUCGAAAGAAAACUUGAGUAGUCACGAGGAAGAAAUGGGCAGGAUUCGGGGCUUUAUGCAUAACACCACUCACGGCCGUAGUAGCCGUCGUAAGCCUAAAAUACAGAGAGAUGAGGAUAACUCUGAGAGCGACCUGGCUCGACGUGGUAGCAUAAAACAUAAACAACAUGGCAUUGAUUUAAAUCAAGGUGUUGCACCAUCUGCUAAGGGUGGUUUCGAGAAGAUGGCAGUUGGUGUUAGGAAGCGUUUUAGUUUUGUCGGACUAGGAUCAAUGAGGAUAGCCACGGGUGGACUUGCCCGAAAUGCUGUCGCUGAGGAGAAUUGA